UUAAUAAUAAUCAGGUUUCCAACAACUGACAUUUCGGUUAGAGAUUUCAAAAACCCAGAAUUUGCAAAUAUUGGCUGGAAAUAGUUGAGGGUCAAUCGAUAGAUAUCGAUGCGCAUAAGUGAUCGGAUAACUGUCAACACUAAUUAGUUAUUUCUCAUGCGAUAAGGACAUGGUGGGCAAACUGAUUAAAAGAUCUAAUAAAAAACAUUAACUAAAAUUCGUAAAAUGUAUAAGCCUCACCCACUGGUCAACCAUGAGGACGAAGUCGAGAACGCCUCGGAUAGGAAUAUGCAAAGAGGAAAUGUGCAUGCGUUGCAAAUGUUCCUUUUGACCACAUUCCUGCUGCUAUUUCUAGCCGGUUCUGUUUUUCAUCCAAAGCCUUUUGCGCUUAAGUCCAAGGAACUUCCACAUGAUGAUACCAAAUAUGAUUGCAAUAUAACACUAGUUGAAUCGAUACCCAUUGGCCUAAACUAUACGCCCAAUAGUCCAAAGUUCAUGAGCACCAUCGAGGCGUGGCAACAACUUUUGGAUUUAAGUAAAACUUCAUUGGACAUUGGCUCCUUUUAUUGGACGAUGCGGGGCGAGGAUGUUGGAAUAAACGAGAGCAGCGCAAAGCCUGGAGAGGAGAUAUUUCAGCGGAUGCUAGAUAAUGGAAAAGACAUUGGUUCAAAGAUUAAGAUACGUAUUGCACAGAGCUCGCCGUCGAGCGUUUCUCCAAAUAUGGAUACGAAACUCCUGUCCAGCUUUGGAGCUGCCGAGGUAGUUACUCUUGAUUUUCCCAAGUACUUUGGCAGUGGCAUACUGCACACAAAGCUCUGGAUUGUGGAUGGGAAGCAUUUCUAUUUGGGCAGCGCAAACAUGGAUUGGCGGGCUCUAACCCAGAUCAAGGAGAUGGGCGUCCUAGGUCAGAAUUGUCCACAACUGACUACCGAUUUGGCUAAGAUAUUUAAAGCCUACUGGUAUUUGGGCAGCAAUCCAAAUGCACGCGUACCAAAUUCAUGGCCAUAUGAAUAUAAGACUAUCUACAAUUCGGAACAGCCAAUGUUAUUAAAUGUGAAUGGUGCAUUUAUAAUGCAGGCAUAUGCAUCUAGUUCACCGCCUCCACUCUCUGCAGAUGGACGCACUCACGAUCUGGAUGCUAUUCUAAAUACAAUUAACGCAGCUCUUAAAUUCGUACAUAUAGCUGUUAUGGACUAUUAUCCUUUGACGAUGUUUGAAUCCAGGAUAAAAUAUUGGUCUGCGAUCGACAAUGCGUUGCGCACAGCGGCUGUGGAACGAGGAGUUGCUGUUAAAAUGCUCAUCUCCUGGUGGAAGCAUUCCGAUAAAAGUAUGGACAACUAUUUGCGCUCCCUGCAGGAUCUAACCAUGUCCCAUCGCCAUGUGGACAUACAAAUUCGUCAUUUUAUUGUGCCCGCUGAUCAGAAUCAGGAACGCAUACCCUAUGCACGCGUCAAUCACAAUAAGUACAUGGUAACUGAUCGAGUUGCCUAUAUAGGAACUUCCAAUUGGUCAGGCGAUUAUUUCGAAACCACAGCGGGCGUUGGCUUGGUUCUGAAGGAUACCCUUCCCGCAAUGUCGGAUUCCAUACGCAAGGAUUUGGAAGGCGUUUUUGAUAGGGAUUGGAAUAGCACAUAUGCUCACAUAUUAAUCUAAGCAAAAUGCCCAAGUAUUUUCCUUUUUUCUAUGAAAACUAGUUCCAGGCAUUUUGACUUACUUUUACCGUUGCAUAAGAACGCAAGUUAGAUGACCUCAUAUCAUUUAAGUUAAAUAUUUUGAUGACAGAAUUUUGUUUAUAACUGCUCCGUUGGCCAGAUAAUCUAAUCAUGAUUGAGAGAUUGAUUGAUAAGAGCUGAGUUUUGUUAAAUUACUGAACACGAUUAAAUUCAACGGUUAAUAAAUAUAAAACCUAACUAAG